CCCGUGGACGCGCGCAGUGCUACCAAAUUAAAACCGAAAACAAAACAACAACAAAAAUGAGAAUUCUGUAGUGUUGUGGGUGUAUUUAGUGCGUACUGGUAAAAAGGGAGUUACGGUCUGCUAAAAGAGGAAGUAUUCUUUAUGGAUAGUUAGCUGGUCUUUUGAUGCAAUGCCAUAUUAAACAACUCAUUAACUAUUUUAAGAAUAUGUCGCUACCUGGGCAAAAUAAUUAUGGGAAAUAUAGGUAGCCAAUCAGGAAAUAUAAGUCCAAAAAAUGUUCUGGAAGAACAAUGGGCUCACUCGUUUCCGCGAACACAGCCCAGGCUCCAGCAACAUAAAGUCCUGCCUGAAAGGGACUCCAGGCAAAAACUAAGGCAUACCAACAAUGGAGAAAUAUUGCAAAGUGGGGGGACGAUAAGCGGAAGACCCAAUUUUAAUAGGUCUUUGUCCAUGAUAGAUAGCAGACAUGACGAAGCCAACUCCAGAAGGCAAGAUGAAUAUACUUCCCCUUCGAGAAUGUACAAGUCAAAUCAAAGGGAUCCUUUGCAUAAGUCUGGAAAUAAAUAUACCAACCUUCAAAAUAGGCAUCAGGCUCAAAACACCAACCAUGAAAAGAUGAAGCGUUUUGGGUCUGAACCUGAUCUACGUUACUCCACACACGUGACACCCCAAGGUCAAGAGAUGCAGGAACGGUCGCGAGCAAAGAAGAAAUACAAGGCACCCGCUCCACCAAACCCUAGAAAAGUUGAAAUGGAAUGGGACGAUCAUUUACGAAAGCAACGCCUAUUCAAAACGCAAGCAGAAACGAAAAACUCACAUUCUAGUCCUGUAAAUAAGCAAUUAAGAGAAGUGAAAUUAAAUGAUGAAAUUCAAGCGGACCUGCGUUCAAACAGAUUAUCCCUCCCUGAGACUAAAAUGCCCAGCACUGUGGAAUUUCAGGAGGAAUUGAAAGAAGCCACCAAACGCUUAAGAUACUCCAGACAAGAGGAUAACAGUAACAAAUUGAAAACAUUAGAUCCCAGCAUACAUGAUAAAGAGUUUAGAAGAAAGCUACGUGAAAUGCAAGAAGACAACUUAACCAGGGAUGAACCGUCGGGUAAAGAAUGUUCAUCGGAGGAGAAAUCGCCGAUUCCCAAACCUAAAGAGCAACCGAAAACCUUCUAUUUCGGCAUGGAUCAACCAGCAAACCAAAUGGAGUAUCAGAACGAUAUAAUCGAACACUUUACAUCGAAGUUACAUCCAAACAAAAAAAUAUCCACCACAAGCGAAAGCGAUUUAUCAAGUGAGCCCGAAAUGGAUGACUGCCAAAUAUCCAAAGCAGGAAUUGACUUGCAAUUACGUCCAAUGUUACCUAAGAAACAACUGGAAAUACCGCGAUUUUCACCGGCAGCGGCGUGGAAGUUGUUAUCCACCAUUGAUACGAAUGAUCCCGCUACUAGCACUAUAGCUAGUGAUGAUUCUCCGGUUUUUAUAGAGGAUAGAAUUGAGAAAUACUCAAGACCUCCACCACCCACAGUCCAAUUAGGGCCCAGAUCCAGCAAUGACAAAUCUGGAGAUUCAGGGAUAUCAGGAGAUGCACCUGGCGGGUUUGAAGAUUCGCAAGAAAAUCUACUGAAUGCAAGAAAUGGCGACUUUAGACCACAGGACAUUUCAUGGACACCGCAGCAAGAUCUAGAAGACGAUUCCAGCCUAGAGGAAGGCGUAAUAAACUCUUUGGAAAAUACUAGAGAGUACCAAAAGAAACCUCAUGUGUUUAGCUUGUCGUUACCGAGGGACAAUCAUCUAGCUUCGUACUUGGUAGAAAAUAACACGCAAAGCACAACACAUCUGCAGAAACUUAAGCGAUCCGUGUCGGGAGUUUUAAAUAACUUAUCGCAGACUAAAAAACCAUCGUCGAUCAAUCAAGACCAAAAUGAGAACUGGUUUCUGAGUAAAUCAGCCCCAAAUUCAUUAAAUAAUGUGCCAAAUUCACUCGAAUUAAAAACCACGCAGAAAGAAGACGUAUCGCAAAGCCUGGGCAGAGUGAUGUAUCUUCCAGAUCUUGACUCCAAUCCUGAACGAAAUAGAUCCAGGGCUAAAGAGGAUAUGCGGGAGAGAUCCAGAUCAGCUGAAAGAUCCAGAGCUAACAAUCAACUAUCAGUAUUCUCAAAGUCGUGCGAGAAUAUAUCAAAGGAAUCAAAUGUACGACCUGAGAACCUGCAAGAUCCUCCCAAGCAAAGUGAAUGGAAGAAUAGCAGAAAACCUAAGAAGUUUACGUUUCAAAGUACUGUAAGGCAAAUUGAGCGUAAAAGGUUGGCCGAAAAGCUAUCCAGAGAAGCAGAACGAAAGGAACAUCAACGUUUAAGAGAGCUGGAAGCAAUGCAAAGAGUCGAGGAAGAGUUCCAGAAAAAACGCGCCAGGGAAAAGGCCAACAUCAGGCAGCAAUUGAGGCUUUAUAGUUUGGAUGAGCCGUGGACCAGUUUGCCGCCCAAUAUUGAACUCAAAGAUGAAAUACCUGUUCGUCAAGAACCUGAUGGUGCCGUUUCAUCCGCUACAUCUUCACCACCUCUGGCAACUAAAACUCCUGAAUAUAUAAAGAAAAAACAAAAGGCAAAGUUAAGAACUAGUUCGGAGAGUUCAGAGGAGAAUAAGUUAAAAACACCAGCGACCCAAAUUUUGUCUGAAUUCAGGCAACCUCAAAGGGAAUAUAAGGAAUUCAGAGGUAAUGGUAGAUACCUAAAUGAGUUGAAUGAAAAUUCCAGGCAAACCACCACAAUUCAUCCACAAGUUAUCUACAACAUGCCGAAAGCAAAGGGACAAAAUGGCAAAAAAGUCUCCAGCACUAAUUACCGUAAAGAUUUUGCUCAUGGUGUUAAGAGUAACCGAUCUGUUGGGAGUAGUAAUUCUGAAGAAUCACUUUCCAGAAAUAAUUCUCCUAGGUUGUAUCACAACAAAUAUGCUCCAAUUACAAGAUUUUAAACUUGCUGUAUUUAUUGAUUCCA